AUGCCUUACCUCUACCGGGCCCCAGGGCCUCAGGAGCCCCCCACCCCCAAGGAUGCCCGCAUCACCCACUCCUCGGGCCAGAGCUUGGAGGAGCUGAGGCAGGCGUGUCUGCAGAAGGGCGUUCUGUUUGAGGAUGCAGACUUCCCAGCCAACAGCUCCUCUCUCUUCUACAGCGAGAGGCCCCAGACCCCCUUCGUGUGGAAAAGGCCGGGGGUGAGUGCUGCCAGGGCAGGGAGGCUGCUGGUCUGGGAGUGGAUCCUGUGGGGACAGGACGCUGUGGGCAAGGCUAAGGGUGCCCGACCUAAAGGGGAGACCCUGAGUGCUGGAUUAUCUCACUUACCCCCAAACAGCCCUAAGAUCCAGGCAUUGUCAUCAUCCCCGUUCUACCGAAGGAGAAGCUGGCGCCGGACGGUUCGCGCGCGCAGGCAGUUCAUGACCGAGCCGGGCACCGCCCCAGAGCUUCGGCCGCUGCGACUGCCCGGCCGUCCAGUGGGAACGUGGGGCGGGCGCUCUGCCAGCACCACCUUCUUGGCAAACACAGCCCUGCCUGGGGGCCGGGGAGUGCUGCACGAGAGCAACCAGAGCCAGGAAAGUCACGGGACAUCCGGGGGUGCGGGAGAGGCACCCCGUCCCCCCGGGAGCCCAGGGCUAGGAGGCACCGAGCGGGAGCCCGGGCCUGGGGCUGGGCACGUGGUCGAGACCUCCCUGCACAGCGGGGCUCCCUUUGGGGCUGCCCUGCCCCCAGAGGCCAUAGCGCUCCAGGUCCCCCCGUGCCUCAACUGCCCUGGGCACACGGCCGAGAUCAGCGCACAGCCGUGGAUCGCAGGGCCCAGCCUCUCCAACCUUGCACUGCAGGGCGCGAUCUCUGAGGCCCCCCCAAAGGCCGCAGGUGCUCCUGAGCUACAGCUAUGCCGUGCCUGCUACCUAGUCCUGCUGAGGUUACCGUCUGCAGCCUCGGCCCCCGGAAGUUACGGCUCUGGAACUACACAGCGCCGAUGUGCAAGCGACUGCUGGCUGUUAGCUGCCGUUGUCUCCCUUACGCUUAAUGAAAAGGCACUGGCUACAACUGUCCCCCAGGACCAAAGCUGUGGCCCGGGUUACGCAGGGAUAUUCCAUUUCCAGUUCCGGCAGCCCAGCCAGCGGCUGGACGUGGUGAUGGAUGACCAGCUGCCCACCUCCAAGGACCGCGUGGUCCUCCUGCACUCCGCCGACCGCGGCGAGCCGAGCACCUCGCUGGAGAAGGCCCGCGCUAAGCUGAACGGGAGCUACGAGGCUCUGAAGGGGGUCAGCGCCAUCGAGGCCAUGGAGGACUUCACCGGGGGCGUGGCAGAGGCCUUCACAACCAAGGAGGCUCCCGGGAACUUCUCUGAGAUUCUAGACAAGGCCUUGAAGAGGGGCUCUCUGGUGGGCUGCUCCACUGACCUGACCUAAAUCAGAAAUGCUGCAGAAUCUGAAGCCCAGACACCUUUUGGUCUCAUUAGGGGUCAUGCCUACACAGUGACAGGCGUUGACCAGGUAAACGUCCGAGGCCAGAAAAUAGAGCUCAUCAGAAUCCGGAACCCUUGGGGACAAGUUGAGUGGACUGGGUCCUGGAGCGACAGGUCAGUCCCCGCCCCAUGCUUCUGA